UAGACGGCUGUGAUGCAAGGAGAAAGAGCCGAUUCAGCAGAGAGGAAGACCUCCGUCACAGAGAAACGGCGCCCUGUACAUUCUGUCUAGAGCUCAACAGAUGUAAGCCGCCUUGUCUUCUCUAACCGCUCAGCUCAAAUAUGGGACACUUUAAGACUGGAAUAUUGAUCGUCUCCUGCUUAUUGUUUACAUGCUACGAAGCUGAAAAAUUAAAAACAAGAGGUCUGCGCCAGAAGGAUGUUGAGUACAUGGAGAAAUAUUCCAGCUGCAUCCAGGGUCCAGCAGGAAUCCCAGGAAGGGACGGAAAUCCAGGAGUGAAUGGAAUUCCAGGUACUCCCGGUGUACCGGGGCGGGAUGGUGCAAAAGGGGAGAAGGGGGAAUGUGUGACGGAGAGGUUUGAAGAGCCGUGGAAACCCAACUACAAGCAAUGUGCCUGGAACUCUCUCAACUACGGCAUUGACCUGGGCAAAAUUACAGAGUGUACGUUCACUAAGCAGCACGCAGACAGCGCUCUCCGUGUGCUGUUCAGCGGCUCACUCAGGCUGAAGUGUAAGACAGCUUGUUGCCAGCGCUGGUACUUCACUUUUAAUGGGGCAGAAUGUGCCGCUCCGCUGCCUAUAGAGUCCAUCAUUUACCUGGACCAGGGAAGUCCAGAAUUCAACUCCACCAUCAACAUACACAGAACCACGUCAGUUGAAGGUUUGUGCGAAGGAUUGCGGAAAGGCCUGGUGGAUGUUGCGAUCUGGGUGGGAACCUGCGGCGACUAUCCACACGGAGACGCCUCCACCGGCUGGAAUUCAGUUUCCCGCGUGAUCAUAGAAGAGCUUCCUCCGAGCAGCUGAGUCCCUCAGUCUUCCAGAAAGUCUUCCAAGCACUUAUUGUCCUGUUAUUUUUUUUUAAACGUUGACAAUGAGUUACUUUGUAUUAUUAGUCUUAUAAAGGUUCUUUAUUGGCAUUGAUGAUUCCAUGAAGAACAUUUAACAUUCCACAGAAUGUUCUUUAAGGUUCCAAAAAGUGUUUUUUCACAGUGAUGUCAUAGAAGAACCAUUUUUGUUUCCUCAAAGAAACAAAAGAACCAUUUUUUUCUUUGUGUGGUGAAUAUUUUAUAAUCUCAAGCAGGGUUCUUGAUUCCAACUUGGUUCCAAAUGGACCGCGAGACAUAACGGCAGCACUGUUUUACCAUUUCUAGAGUUUAAAGUGAGCAGCAUGUCUGUAUGCACUUCAUUAAUUUAUGAUGAUCUUUUGGCGUUAUAUCCUCUUAUAUUUUUUUUGUAGAGCCGAUCGGCUUCAUUCAAACCCUUUUCAGAUUUAUGGAUGAGACUUCCGGCUCAUUAGCUGCUCUAGGGAAACAAUGAGAAGAAUAUCAACGUGCAGUAAACGGCAAAACUGUUUACACUACAAACCAGUGUGCUCAUAAUUAAGAUAAUACAUUGAAAUAAUAUGGUAAGACACCAAUUUGCAAUAUCAAGCAGCGAAAGGAGCUGUUUUGUACAGUUAAAAAUAGCUGGACGCUGAUCGGAAGCCAGACCCAUAAAAUUGACAAAUGACUGCAUCCCCUCAGGAAGUCUGACCAAUCAUAAUGUAGAAUCUGCCAUUUUUGUGUGACAAAUAAACCAGACAGGAGAGUAGAUUAACAUUGGUAGACUUGACCUUGAAAAAUAGUGUUUAUUAUUGAUGUUUUCCACCAGUUGAAACAAGAUGCCUUCUGAUGUUCAUUUAUGUUUAUUUCAUGCUAUAAUUAAUAAAGGGGAAGAGUUGAUCGGUUCACAUACCACUUGAAUUGAGGUGCUACAGCGAUCUGUCGCGACACAUUAAAGAGCCACAAAACUGUAUUUAUUGUUUAAAUUUCUUUAAGUACCUAAAUUAACCUGCACUGUCUUGUCUGUCGGUGUGUUGUUAGUUUCCUCUUUGCUCCACAAUGUAUUUUCGUACGUGAGAACAUGACGUGUGGCAUGACAGCGCCAUGGCUUGGUGGACAUAGCAAGAGAAACUAAAUAGCCAGGGGUGCACAUUUUCUUUUUAGCCUAGUUCUCAUAAUAGUACCUGGAGAUUUGGUUUGGUCCUCAGACUGCACAUAGUGUGACCCAUUAAAUAUAACUCUAAAAAAAAAUAAUAAUUAAUAAUCGUGAUGAUAAUAUAAUUGGGCUUUAUUUAGUUACUUUAUUUAUAUAUAAAAAAGUAUAAUUAUUUUAUAGUAAUCUUAAAAAUAAAAAAAAUAUUUUUUAAUAUGACUUUUCAUCAUUUUCAAACCUAAAAUCAGCAAGCAUUUAUUUUGGUGGGUUGCAAGCAACUGCAUGAAAUGUCACAUUUUUUGUAUUGUGCUUUGAAAAUGGCAGCAAAUAGCCUAGAAUUAUGCUUUCAGUUCUAAUAGAAAUCUAAUAUUACAGUUGUCAAUCUAAAAUGAUAAUUGUGCAUUAACAGCUGUCAGGCAUAUCGGUACACAAAUGCGCACUCUGAACUUAUUUACACAGCACAUUUCUUAUUUUGGUCAUGUACCCCUGUAAAUAAGCUUUUACCACUAUAAAGAACCUUUUGUGAAAUGGAAAGUUUCCAUGGAUGAUAAAGUUUCUUUGUUGAACCAUUCAAGGAGAAGUCCACUCCCAGAACAAAAUUUAUAGAUAAUGUACUCACCCCCUUGUCAUCCAAGAUGUUCAUGUCUUCUUUUCUUCAGUUGUAAAGAAAUAGUUUUUUGAGAAAAACAUUUUAGGAUUCCUCUCCGUAUAGUGGACUUCUGUGAUGUCCUGAGUUUGAACUUCAAAAAUGCAGUUUAAAUGUGGCUUCAAAGGGCUCUAAACAUCAGAGGUAUCACAGCAGAGGAAG